AUGCAGGUGAAAGAUAUGAUGGAUCUUGAAUCAGUGCACAUGGAAUAUCUUGCUGAUUCAUUAUGCAUAUGUUUUCUUUCUGAUGAAACAAAGGCAGUUGGCAGCAUUAUUGAGAGCAUUCUGCAAUGUGCGCUCGAUUUCCGGUCUUGUAUUACAGUCGGUGCUUGGGAUUCUGGAAAUGAUCCAGAAGAUUUAUUAGGCAAACCUUCUAGAAUUAAUAUAUCCCAGGUGCUUUCUAUAAAGCAGAAGUUUGAUAGAAGUCUAAAAGAACUGCACAUAUGCUAUAUCAAGGGACCUAAACAUGGGAAAGUUGGGCUUUCUCGUUUCUGGGAUUAUCUCAACUAUAAUGAAUAUUAUUCAAAUUCAAAUGUCAGCAACGAAAUGGGGUACUAUGUUGUCUGA